AUGCAAACUCUCAAAAAAGCAAAUCUGGUCGCAGAAAAAGCAAAUCUGGUCGCAGAAAAAGCAAAUCUGGUCGCAGAAAAAGCAAAUCUGGUCGCAGAAAAAGCAAAUCUGGUCGCAGAAAAAGCAAAUCUGGUCGCAGAAAAAGCAAAUCUGGUCGCAGAAAAAGCAAAUCUGGUCGCAGAAAAAGCAAAUCUGGUCGCAGAAAAAGCAAAUCUGGUCGCAGAAAAAGCAAAUCUGGUCGCAGAAAAAGCAAAUCUGGUCGCAGAAAAAGCAAAUCUGGUCGCAGAAAAAGCAAAUCUGGUCGCAGAAAAAGCAAAUCUGGUCGCAGAAAAAGCAAAUCUGGUCGCAGAAAAAGCAAAUCUGGUCGCAGAAAAAGCAAAUCUGGUCGCAGAAAAAGCAAAUCUGGUCGCAGAAAAAGCAAAUCUGGUCGCAGAAAAAGCAAAUCUGGUCGCAGAAAAAGCAAAUCUGGUCGCAGAAAAAGCAAAUCUGGUCGCAGAAAAAGCAAAUCUGGUCGCAGAAAAAGCAAAUCUGGUCGCAGAAAAAGCAAAUCUGGUCGCAGAAAAAGCAAAUCUGGUCGCAGAAAAAGCAAAUCUGGUCGCAGAAAAAGCAAAUCUGGUCGCAGAAAAAGCAAAUCUGGUCGCAGAAAAAGCAAAUCUGGUCGCAGAAAAAGCAAAUCUGGUCGCAGAAAAAGCAAAUCUGGUCGCAGAAAAAGCAAAUCUGGUCGCAGAAAAAGCAAAUCUGGUCGCAGAAAAAGCAAAUCUGGUCGCAGAAAAAGCAAAUCUGGUCGCAGAAAAAGCAAAUCUGGUCGCAGAAAAAGCAAAUCUGGUCGCAGAAAAAGCAAAUCUGGUCGCAGAAAAAGCAAAUCUGGUCGCAGAAAAAGCAAAUCUGGUCGCAGAAAAAGCAAAUCUGGUCGCAGAAAAAGCAAAUCUGGUCGCAGAAAAAGCAAAUCUGGUCGCAGAAAAAGCAAAUCUGGUCGCAGAAAAAGCAAAUCUGGUCGCAGAAAAAGCAAAUCUGGUCGCAGAAAAAGCAAAUCUGGUCGCAGAAAAAGCAAAUCUGGUCGCAGAAAAAGCAAAUCUGGUCGCAGAAAAAGCAAAUCUGGUCGCAGAAAAAGCAAAUCUGGUCGCAGAAAAAGCAAAUCUGGUCGCAGAAAAAGCAAAUCUGGUCGCAGAAAAAGCAAAUCUGGUCGCAGAAAAAGCAAAUCUGGUCGCAGAAAAAGCAAAUCUGGUCGCAGAAAAAGCAAAUCUGGUCGCAGAAAAAGCAAAUCUGGUCGCAGAAAAAGCAAAUCUGGUCGCAGAAAAAGCAAAUCUGGUCGCAGAAAAAGCAAAUCUGGUCGCAGAAAAAGCAAAUCUGGUCGCAGAAAAAGCAAAUCUGGUCGCAGAAAAAGCAAAUCUGGUCGCAGAAAAAGCAAAUCUGGUCGCAGAAAAAGCAAAUCUGGUCGCAGAAAAAGCAAAUCUGGUCGCAGAAAAAGCAAAUCUGGUCGCAGAAAAAGCAAAUCUGGUCGCAGAAAAAGCAAAUCUGGUCGCAGAAAAAGCAAAUCUGGUCGCAGAAAAAGCAAAUCUGGUCGCAGAAAAAGCAAAUCUGGUCGCAGAAAAACCCACAUAUUAUGCACAAGAUAGGUGUUUAGUGUGCACUGCCGAGUAUGCGCAUUACUGGCCACAUAUUUUUCAGUGUUCAAGGUUUGAACAGUGCCGCACAUCUAGAGAUGCUGUAUUCUGA